UUUAUAAACGUUUAUUUUUUUGUCUUUGUAUUUUAUCUAUACUACCUGGUCAUUGUAUGAGCUUCCUAAUGUCCUUCUUUGCAACCAAAAUAAAGCAAACUUAUUGAAAGCUUACGUAGAAAAAAUUGUGACCAAAGUUGCACUGGCUCAAAAAAUUAUUGACAUUUUGUCUCUUUUUUUUUUGGUUUCAGGUUCCCCCUCGUUCGUCAGAGCAUCGACGUGGCGUCCCUACAAGACAGUCUUCUGGAUAUUGCACCGGAGACCUGUGACGUCAUAAGUGUGAUCCGACCCCCUCCUUGACCCCAGUCAGUGAUCCUUCCUCAGUUACUGACUCACUCAGCCCCAGUGACAGAGACUCCCUCAGUGAAUGACCUUCCGCCUUAACCUCAGUGAACGGUACCCUUCAGUGAGUGACCCCCUCGUUGACCUCAGUGAGUGACCCCGUCAUUGACCCCCCAGUGUCUAUAAGUGGGAACACCGCAAGCUGCCAUGUGUCUACGUAUCGAUUACUGACAAGCGAGAUCCUGCUCCGAGCCCUCAGAUCGAUUCCUCCGUCCGUCUUUGUGAUAUCCGAUACCUUGUCAUUAUUUAUUCUCUCCUAUCGCGUUCUCCGACACCUUUAAAAGCCUUUUUCUCGUGGUAUUCCUGAUCAAAGAUCCUUACCUGAACAAAUAUGUGGUGUUGACGCUGGCGUUGUUUUUUUCAUGUUGUUACAGUUACUUUCUGAUGCUAUAUAACCCAAUCCAACUGAAGCCUUCUUAGUCGUGUCCAUCCCGCUUUGUACUGUGCAUUAUAUUCACGGAAUUCUCAACUUUUUGUGUGUUUCAUGUUGAAUUCCUCCACGCGAGAAAGAGCAACUUCUAGCUUUAAUACUGUUAUUGUUACCUCAUUUUUCAUUGAUAUCGUUGUUCAUAGCAGUCGAUAUCGUUUCACAUAUUGACAUCGUAACUACUUCCCGUUGUGCCAAUAAGAAUCAAAUCCUGUAAAGUUUAUUAUAACUUAUUCCGAGCCUUGCGUCCAAUGUUUCUAACAAUCGUCCUCAUCCUCUGAAGUCCCACGACGCAGGCAACCAGUUCUGCUAUUAAAACACCUAAUUCUGCAAGUAUUUCGAAAAAAACCCCUCAAAAAACCAACAGCCCCCGAACAAACAAACAAAACUGCUCUUUUCCCAAAGUCCUGCCACUCGAGAAAUUUUUUUUACGGUGCUGUGUUGAAAGAGCCGUAAAACCCGCCUCUGCCCAACCGGUAUUAGAACUGACUCGAUAGGCUUUAGACGGACCUUAACCUUUAGCGAAGGUGGCUACUCGGCUGAGAAAGUCUUCAUUCAUUGAAGACGACCAAUCCCCCCACAACAACCACAGGAGCUGCAGCAGCAUGGGUCUGUGUCGCCAGCUAGUCCGCCAGAAGCUCUACUUCCUGCUGGCCGGCCUGGUUUUCCUCUACAUCGUGUACCGCUCGUUCCCCUGCGACUCGGGCCCCUCCCUGGUGAUGGUCCCCAAAGAACAGACCAAGUUCAUGUACGACGACCGCCACCGCGCUAUCCCCUACGGCGACGACAUGCCCAUCAUCUUCGUUGGCGGCAUGCCCCGGAGCGGCACUACGCUCAUGCGCGCCAUGCUCGACGCGCACCCGGAAAUCCGGUGCGGGGAGGAGACCCGCGUCAUCCCGCGAAUCCUGGGCAUGCGCACGCAGUGGGAGCGCUCGGCUCUGGAGAAGAAGCGUCUUACGGAGGCGGGGGUGACGGGGGAGGUGAUGGACUCGGCCGUCAGGGCGUUCAUCUUGGAGAUCAUCGCCAAGCACGGCCCGGCGGCGCCGCAUUUGUGCAACAAGGACCCGUUCACUCUCAAGUCGACCGUCUACCUGAACAAACAGUUCCCCAACUCCAAGUUCAUCCUCAUGAUCCGAGACGGGCGGGCGGUUGUCCACUCCAUCAUCACCCGCAAAGUCACCAUCUCUGGGUUUGACCUCAACAGUUACAGGAAAUGCCUCAGCAAGUGGAACUCCGCUCUGGAGACCAUGUACUCGCAGUGCCUGCACGUGGGCCAGGGCAAGUGCAUGCCCGUGUACUACGAGCAGCUGGCCCUGCAUCCCAAGGAGUGGAUGGCUCGGAUCCUCCGCUUCCUGGACAUCCCGUGGAACGAGUCGGUGCUGCACCACGAGGAGUUUAUCGGCAAGCCUGGCGGGAUCGCGCUCUCCAAG